ACCAUGCUUGGUUUUGGCUCAGAUUGCCAGCAUAUUUUCAUAUAAAAAUAAAUACUCGAUUGAAAACUGCGCUUAUAGAAAAUGCGCUUUUACAGCAUUUAGUUUCUCUUGUUUUGAGUAUUUUUAAGUAACAGCAAAACGAAAACGACUUUAAACAGCUUUACCAAUUUUGCACGCGAAAGCUGAUGAGCGUUCAGCUCGUCACAUGACAAACUUUUAGUCGUGGAUUUUACCAAAAUUAUCGAUGAGUCAUUUAUUCUCGACAAUGGAGAAAAUUCAACUUCGGACGAAGAUCGAACUUUGACCUCCAUCAGCUUACUAAAUUCCAAAAGUACUCCUAAUUUAACCAAAAUAGUUUCACUAACAACUCCCGAAAAAACACUCCGCUUCGCUGAGCCAUUGUACAAAACUUCAAAGAAAACGAGGGCCACUAAAAGUAUGGAAAAAAUGAACGAUUCGAUAAUUUCUCUCGAAAGCCUUCGAGGUGGUCCAAAAGCUCUUUUCGGACCCAAAAAAGGCAAAAAUAAGACGAAAAACAAAUCUCAAACAUUAAACGACUCACGUUUGAACGAAUCAAUGGUUGUCGGAACCAAUGACUUAUCGUUUGACGAUAAACAGCCAGGUUUGCUGAAAAUUUAUGGAUCCAAGAUUAAGAACAAACAUGCUCACAUGUACAAAACAGUACUGGCGUCACCAUCAUCGUCGGCAAAGGAACUCGUUAAAGAGGCAUUGGAUCGAUACAGUUUGCCGAAACGAAGUCACCUUGAAUAUGUCCUGUGUGACGUCGUCGGGGUUCUCGAGAGCGUAGCGCCGGAUGAGGAGCACUUGAGUAACUGGGAUUUGAUCGGUGAAAGUAAAUGGGUUGAAAGAGGAUGCCGACCUCUACAUGACAAUGAUCAACCGCUGUCGUUGCAGGAAUUAUGGAAACCGGAAUUCGGCCUUGUUCGGCGACUUGAGUUGAGAUUAAAAUCAGAUGUUUUCAAGACUUACAAAGAUACGACAACGAGAUUGAUGAAUCGCAAUGUACGCAAGAUUCAGAAAGCAAGGGCAAAACUUGGACUCCAAGGGAUAUCCGAGGAGUUGGAGGACUCACCGGAGAGUCCAGAAGAGAACAUCACACCUACAUCUUCAUUCAGUAGCAAAUCUAGGAACUCAAGUCAGCAUAACUCCUACAACUCCUCAUCAGAACCACAAGAAACUGAGAGCGGUGAAGACGGAGCUUACAAGAGAUCCGUCCCUCCUCCUACCGAUUGCCCUUUUUUGAUCCUUCUUCGCGGUUAUUCGUUUCGGGAUGAUUCGUUAAUUUACUACCUCUCCGAGCAGAUUACCCAAAUAGGGUCAAGUGAGUUCACGACUAGUAACGCUAAUAUGAACGAAAGAACUGAAGUGGUUUUAGGAGGUCCAGAUAUUAAACAACAGCACUGUUGGAUAGUGAAGAAGACACGAUCCGCAGAUAAAAUUGGAGAAAAUGGACGAAAAAUGAGUGGAGCUGUUAUGAAUGAGUUAAUGGUAAGUAUACACCCAUUAGCGGGAGCAAUGGUAAGUCUAAAUGGAAGCCCACUAACAAAGCCAGUCGAUUUGAAAACCGGAGAUUUAAUCGCUUUGGGUCAACAUUACCUCUUUCUAUAUAAGGACUUGACUACUUUCAAAGAUCUUUCCCGAGAUCUUUACUGGUUGAAACCGUUCAGCGAGUGUAAUGCAAACUAUUCGCCCUCAUUCAAAAGCAGCAACUUGACAGGAGGCGCAGUCGAAAAGAAAGAGAUGGAAUGUUCAAUGAACGGGAUACCUUGCCUUAAUUACCAGAAGCAGCACGAGUCUCAGCUAAUGUAUUAUAUUUUGAACUUGGGAGGGGGUCCAGAUAUUGAUUCAAAUAGUUUCAAACUAGCUCCAUGCUACCUCAUGUGUUGCAUGAUUGAUUUCUGCAGUGAUGUUUAUGGAAAAGCAGAAUGCAAAAAGCUAGUAUACAACACCAUUGUUGCCUUCAAUGAAAGCUCACGAGUAGCAUGUGAACAACUGAACACGUACGAGCAUUCGGAGAGAAAACCGGUUAAGCAAUGCGUCUUCGAUCUUUGUGAGUUGCUAAAGCAGGUCGCGUUCGUGAUGGCGAAUUCGUUGGAGCUAAUGAACUGCCUGGAGGAAAAGAAGAACUUGUUCAGCCCAAUUCCGGAAUCGGAAAUAAAAGAAGCUGCAACUGCCGAAGAGCGAGUAAUGCUUUCGUCAACUGACGAGCAAUUGUUCCAAAUUCUAGAUGAAAUAGGCAUGGAAACGUUCCAAGAAUGCGUGUACCAACUAACGAAGUCCUUAAGUUUCAUUCUGCCGACGUUGCUUAGUUCGAAUCCGUUCAACGCAGGUGGAAAUCGGAUGCCAUCGGCCAUACAGUCCAUUCUGGAUCUUCUACAAGGAACCCUGGAUACUUUCUCCAGGAUGCUUGUUCAUCCUGAGGUCGUGGAACAGCUGUUCGGAUGUCUACUAUUCUUCACAAAUUCGUUUCUCUUCAACCAGUUGAUGGAGCGGGGUUCCAGCGGACACUACUUCAACUGGUCUCGAGGAGUCCAGAUUCGAGGAAACCUGGACGCACUGGAGAGCUGGUUGUACCAACAUUCUCUCCGGAGAGUAGCGGACGAGUUUUUAGGUAAACUAAAUGCGGUCGUUGACCUUUUAGCUUGGCUGAAGAUCCCGCUCAUGCAAACAGACUGGCGCAGACUUAGAACUUUCUUUCCAAACUUAUCAGCCAGUCAGUUGAACUACGUACUGACACAUUACGCACUUGAGAAUCAAUCGUUUCCUCAGAUUUGGACUCCCGCUGAAGAAGACCGUCUUGCGGUAGACACAGAACCUUUUUAUGAAAGCAUGGAUGGGGCACCCCCUCUUGCAUUUCCAGUUGGAGGUUACAUAGUUAAACCUAACCUUGAAGUUCCAGACGAAAGUAUAUACCAAAUGAUCACCCAGAUUUUCAAAGCAUACCCACCGCAACCUUUUCAAAAUGUAAGCCGACCGAACUCCAGUCUCAGGACACCGAAGAACUCUUGGCGGCAGCAAAGAAGUCGCAAUACCCCAUCGGUUACGCGAAUGUUUUCUGGGAAUGUUCCAAACAACCCAAAUCCAAGCUUGUCCAGACAUAAUUCAAAGUUAUCACAUGCGGAAGAAUACAAUUACAUAAUGGAAAACGGAACAAGCACUGGCCAAGCUCAUCCCAAUCGGAACUACUCUUUGCCAACGGAUAACAAAACUGCGGUUAAGUCUAAGCCUCAAUUCGAAUCACCAGGAGUUUCCUCCUCCGAGACCCUUCUGAAAUCUUCUGGCACUCUGAAAUCAGGAGAUGCUAAUCUCCAGCAAGCAAAAGCAGUGAACUUGCCUGUUAUGGGAAUUAACGGAAAAUUCAAAACAACUCAAUAUUCGCAAGCCGUAAUGACCCAAGACGCAGCACCCGUAAAUUCAAGCUCAAGUGGCACUUUUUCCAGUAGUUCUCAAAACAGCACCGUUAAAAACAAUCUUAUCGGAAUUAGUGGGACCCGAAAAAGUUCUUUGGAUGGUAAAAAGAGACCCAUUCCCAAAAAGGCACCAUUUUCAGUUUCACAACGCGCGAUUGAAAACUCUUCGAAAACCAGCAGCAGCUACCACAGCGCAUAUUCCAGAACUCCUAAUAAGGAAUACUCAUCAUACAGUUCACUGAGUGGACAUCAAACGCCCUACAGAGCGAAGACAACAUCGUCGAAAGAACAUGCUGACGACUCUGUUUCAGUUCAGAAUGGAAACUCGCCGAGAACCUCGAAUUUUCAGGUCGAAUCAUCAUUGGCGGCUAAUCGCCCUUAUGAAACAACAACUGCCUCCGCUUUCCUCAGGCCCUCUUCGUCUUCGGCUUUUGUAGAAAUUAAUUCGACUCAUCAAUCAUUGCCAGUCGAAGAACCGAAGACAUUUCAGCCCAGAUUGAAAGACCCUGCCUUGUCUCUCGAUUUUGCUAACAAAACAUUUCAUGCUAUCGAUGAUGCAACCGAGACGCAGUCGGUCGGAGGCUGCACGACUAUGAGCGAGGAUCGAGAGAUCGCUUGGUUCAUGGAACACCCAGUUAACUACUCGAUUCAAACUGAAUGUACCGACGAAAUCGAUGCCGACGUCGCCACAAUCCAAGAUGAUGUCACUACUAUUCCUGACGAUGUCUCGGAAGUUCCGAGCGCCGCCAUUUUUGACGACGACGACCAAGACUACUUAGUUAUGGUAGAGUUGUCCAAAAUUAACAAUAGUUUGGGCAUUGGUCUAACUGAUGGAUUAAACACGCCAUUGAAAUGCAAAGGUGUCUAUAUAAGGAAAAUAACUGAGCAUGGAGCUGCUCACAAAAAUGGAAGAUUGCAGGCGGGUGACCGAAUCAUGGCCGUGGAUAAUGUUACGAUUUCUGAAAUGGAUUACGUCGAUGCAAUGCGAAUCUUCAACCAAACAGGCCAGAAAGUAAAACUGGUGGUUUCGAAGGUAUCCACUGGUUUUGCGGCUAACUCGGCCGCCAGUUUGUGCUAAGUUAGACAACCUCGAAUAAAUGGACUCAUCGAAUAAAUAGCGUUACUCUCGUGUUUAUAAAUAUUUAAACAAAUCUUCAAUUUGCUGAAGCAAAAUUUAGA